GCUGUAGGAAGUGGCAGUAGUUCUGGCAGCAGUACAGCAAGAGGGAAGAAUGACACAUCAGGACUGGAUAUGCUGGCAUUAAAACCAUGGGAAAUGCAGAGAGCCAAAAUGUAGAACAUCAGUUUUAUGGAGAAAAACAUGCCAGCUUGAGUCGAAAACAUACAUCACGCUCUCUUCGCCUUUCAAACAAAGCAGUUCGCCGAACCAGACAUGCUUCCUCAGGAAAAAUUAUCCACAGGAACUCAGAAGUAAGCACACGAUCUAGCAGCACUCCCAGCAUUCCUCAGUCAUUGGCAGAGAAUGGUCUGGAGCCUUUUACCCAAGAAGCCAAUUUGGAGGAUUUUGGAAGUCCAAUCUGGGUUGACAGGAUGGAUGUGGGCUUAAGGCCAGUUUCCUACCACACCGAUUCUUCUGUCACUCCCAGUGUGGAUAGCAGCACAGUCCUCAUGGCAGCCUCUGUACAGAGUAUGCCAAAUUCAGAAGGCGGCAGACUUUAUGAAGAUGAGUCAACUUACCUGGCUGAAGGGGGUGGUAGGCAACAUUCAUACUCAACGAAUGGGACCACUUUCUUGGAGCCUAUGAGUUUCAAGAAAAAACGUUCAAAAUCUGCAGAUAUUUGGCGGGAGGAUAGCUUGGAAUUUUCACUCUCUGAUCUCAGUCAAGAGCAUUUGACAAGCAAUGAAGAGAUCCUAGGCUCGGCUGAGGAAAAGGAUGGUGAGGAGACUCGAGGAAGAGAGGCGAGCAACAGCCGCCAGCCAUUGGUCACCUGCCAGCGUGCCAAUUCCAUGAGUGACUUGUAUUCUCCCCAGAUAUCAAGCACUUCAAUCAAUGGUGGCCCACGCAUCACCUCAGGGUACUGUCGAAUUUUAGUGUCUCGGAUCCCAGAUAUUGAAGACCACAAAAUGUCAUCAACCGCAAUGGAGAACGUUCCUUCUUAUAGUAAUUACAACACACUCCCCUGCCGAAAAUCUCACUGCCUCUCUGAAGGAAUCACACAUCCCAAAAUGAGCCAUAGCAACAGUAUGCAUGGCAGACGAGCAAAAACGACUCAGGAUGUUAAUACAGGUGACGGGAGUGAAUUUGCCGACAGUGGGAUUGAAGGUGCAACAACUGACACAGACCUCCUUUCUAGACGGUCAAAUGCCACCAACUCCAGCUACUCUCCAACCACCAGCCGGGCCUUUGCAGGCAGUGACAGCGGAAGUUCUUCUACUGGAGAUGGUGCCCGCCAGGGAGUAUAUGAGAACUUUCGGAGGGAGUUGGAGAUGAGCAGCACCAAUGAUAAUUUGGAUGAAGCUGGCUCUUCGCUGAGUGAUGAACAGAGCAGUGGGACUCUGAGUUCCCCAGGACAAUCUGAUAUCCUUCUGACAGCAGGACAGGGGACUGUACGGAAAGCUGGAGCUCUUGCAGUGAAAAAUUUUCUUGUCCACAAAAAGAACAAAAAGGUGGAGCUAGCUGCACGGAGGAAGUGGAAGCAAUACUGGGUUUCAUUAAAAGGAUGUACCUUAUUCUUCUAUGAAAGUGAUGGCAGAUCUGGAAUUGACCACAACAGCAUCCCAAAGCAUGCAGUCUGGGUGGAAAACAGCAUAGUGCAAGCGGUGCCCGAGCACCCAAAGAAAGACUAUGUAUUUUGCCUCAGCAAUUCCCUUGGUGACGCAUUUCUGUUUCAGACUUCUAGCCAAACAGAGUUGGAGAAUUGGAUUACAGCAGUUCAUUCUGCUUGUGCAACAGCAGUAGCACGACAGCACCACAAAGAAGACACUGUCAAGUUGUUGAAAACAGAGAUUAAAAAGUUGGAGCAGAAGAUUGAUAUGGAUGAGAAGAUGAAGAAAAUGGGGGAAAUGCAUUUCCUCAGUUUGUCUUCUGUCAGAGACUCCAAGAAAAAGAAGACCAUUCUUGACCAGAUCUUUGUUUGGGAACAAAACCUGGAGCAGUUUCAAAUGGACCUCUUCCGAUAUCGUUGCUAUUUAGCUAGCCUUCAAGGAGGGGAGCUACCAAAUCCAAAAACAUUGCUUGCAUUUGCAAGUCGUCCAACUAAAGAUGCAAUGGGUCGUCUUGGAAUCUUUUCAGUGUCUUCUUUUCAUGCACUGGUGGCCGCUCGUACAGGUGAAUCUGGUGUCAGGAGAAGAACACAGGCUAUGUCAAGAUCAGCAAGUAAGCGAAGAAGCCGGUUUUCUUCCCUUUGGGGCUUGGACACUACUUCAAAGAAAAAACAAGGGAGACCAAGCAUUAAUCAGGUGUUCGGUGAAGGAACGGAUUCUGUAAAGAAAUCUCUGGAAGGAAUCUUUGAUGACAAUAUGCAAGAAGGCAAGAGAGAAAAAGAAGCGGCGCUAACUGCUGUUCACCCACAUAACCCUGACUCUGACAUCUGGGUUCAUGAGUAUUUCACACCUUCGUGGUACUGCCUUCCAAAUAACCAGUCUGCUUUGACUGUAGUCCACCCAGGCGACACCACCAGGGAUGUCCUGGAGAUGAUUUGUAAGGCACAUCAGCUGGAUUACUCUGCUCACUAUCUACGUCUUAAGUUCCUAACUGGAAACCAAAUGCAAUCCUACAUACCAAAGCUAGAAGAAGAUAUUUAUGAACUGUUGUAUAAAGAAAUUGAAAUCUGUGAGAAAAUUACGCAACAAAUUCGGAUUGAAAAAUCUGACAUGUUAUCUGAUAGCUAUGGAUUUUCUUUAUCCUCUGUGGAAGAAGAGGGGAUUCGUCGGCUCCAUGUGAACAGUGUCAAAGAGACAGGCCUGGCUUUCAAAAAAGGACUGAAAGCUGGUGAUGAAAUUGUUGAAAUUAAUAAUAAGGCUGCUGAAGACUUGAAUUCAUCCAUGCUAAGAGAUGUUCUUGUUCAGCCUUCUCUGUGCCUUAUAGUACGGACUUACCCUGAGAAGGAGGCAGGGCAGAAACUAAUACAGCUCCCACCACGUCGCACAGAUGGUUCCUUUGAUGUGAAUGACAGUCCAGUUCGAACUGUAUGCAGCAACCAAGGACCCUUGCCCUGCAGUGAUCAAGACAGUUGUACUGAGUCAACUCCAGAAGAGACGGAAGUGCACAUCUUGGAGUCCUCUGACGACAGUGAUAAAACAAGCAAGAGUACAGAACAGGUUGCUGCUUUUUGUCGCAGUCUUCAUGAGAUGAAUCCACUUGACUCUACUGUGAGUCCUCAAGAAUUUAUUGGGCCUCAGCAAGGCACUACAAGACAGCUAACUGAUGCUGAUAAACUACGCAAGGUUAUUUGUGAACUCCUUGAAACAGAACGCACAUAUGUUAAGGACUUAAAUUGUCUAAUGGAAAGAUACCUGAAACCUCUACAGAAGGAAACUUUUCUCACUCAGGAAGAGCUUGAUGUUCUUUUUGGAAAUUUGACUGAAAUGGUGGCAUUUCAAGUAGAAUUCCUGAAAACCCUUGAAGAUGGGGUGAGAUUGGUUCCAGAUCUGGAAAAGCUUGAAAAAGUUGACCAGUUUAAAAAAGUGCUGUUUUCCUUGGGUGGAUCCUUCUUGUAUUAUGCUGAUCGUUUCAAGCUAUACAGUGCCUUCUGUGCCAGCCACACAAAGGUUCCAAAAGUACUUGUGAAAGCUAAAACAGACACAGUAUUUAAGGCCUUUUUGGAUGCUCAGAAUCCUAGACGACAACACUCAUCGACAUUAGAGUCGUAUCUCAUUAAGCCUAUCCAGAGGAUAUUGAAGUAUCCUCUUCUACUGAAAGAACUCUUUGCCCUCACUGAUGCAGAAAGUGAAGAACAUUAUCACCUUGAUGUGGCCAUAAAAACAAUGAACAAAGUUGCGAGCCAUAUUAAUGAAAUGCAGAAAAUCCAUGAAGAAUAUGGUGCUGUAUUUGACCAGCUCAUUGCAGAACAAACAGGAGACAAAAAAGAGGUUGCAGAUCUUUCUAUGGGAGACUUGCUAUUGCAUACCACAGUCAUCUGGCUCAACCCUCCUGCAUCACUUGGGAAAUGGAAGAAGGAACCUGAAUUGGCAGCGUUUGUAUUCAAAACUGCUGUGGUUCUUGUAUAUAAAGAUGGUUCCAAACAGAAGAAAAAGUUGGGUGGAUCACAUAGGGCUUCAAUUUAUGAGGACUCAGAUCCAUUCCGUUUUCGACACAUGAUCCCUCUAGAAGCUCUGCAAGUUCGAGCACCAGCAAGUGCAGAUGCAGAGACCAAUACUGUCUGUGAGAUAGUUCAUGUGAAAUCUGAGUCUGAAGGCCGGCCAGAGAGGUCCUUCCACCUUUGUUGUAGUUCUCCAGAACACAGGAAGGAUUUUCUGAAGUCUGUGCAUUCAAUAUUACGUGACAAACACCGAAGGCAACUUCUUAAAACGGAAAGUUUGCCUUCAUCUCAGCAAUAUGUUCCUUUUGGAGGAAAAAGACUGAGUGCUUUAAAAGGUGCACGGCCAGCUAUGAACAGGGCAGUGUCUGCCCCAAGCAAGUCCCUUGGGAGAAGGCGGCGGAGAUUGGCUCGAAAUAGGUUUACCAUUGACUCAGAUGCUGUCUUCGCUAGUAGUCCUGAGAAAGAGUCGCAACAGGCAUCUAGCAGCAAGGACACUGACCGCUGGGUAGAAGAGCAGUUUGACCUUGGUCAGUAUGAAGAACAAGAGGACGUAAAAGAAACAGACAUUCUCAGCGAUGAUGACGAGUAUUGUGAGCCUCUGAGGAAUACAAUUGUUGACAAAGAACUUCAGGAGCAGUUGCAGGCAACUUCCAUUACAAGCGACCAGACAUACCGAGGAGACAAGGUACGGUACGCAGGGGGCACACACGCUUCCAGAAUGACUCAGUUAAAGAAACAGGCUGCUCUGUCUGGAAUUAAUGGUGGCCUGGAAGACAACAGUGAGGAGGUCAUCUGGGUUCGCCGUGAAGAUUUCGUUCCGCCGAGGAAACUGAACACUGAGCUUUAGGCCCAUCACUUUCUCUUUAGACGGUAGGCAUAGAUGUGCCCCCAGUCCACCCCUUACACAUUUGUGGAGAAUGAUCCUUUAGAAUGCACACUUGCACAUACAGUUAUGGCAGCUAAACUGGUUAAAACCACACAGCCUCUCUCUUCUUCUUUCCCUUUAAAGUAAUGUAUAACAAGGAGAAAAGAGCAAAGCAAAAUUUGGAAAUGGCAUGAGCUUGAGUCCUUCUCUGACCACGACCAAGGGCUUUAUUUAUUCUAAACUAAUCAGGGGCUGCAUAUUAAAAUGGGAUGCAUAGAUAUUACUAGACAACACAUUGCUGUGGAUGUUUGUGUGU